CCUUCUAUUCCUUGGCGCUCUCUCUCUCUCUCUCUCUCUCUCUCUCUCUCUCUCUCUCUCUCUCCCCUUUGUUUUCCUUCCAUUUCCUUAAGGUUUAGAGAAGAUGAACAAGAAGCCAGGAGAUUGGAACUGCAGGUCAUGCCAGCACUUGAACUUCAGCCGACGUGAUUCCUGCCAACGCUGUGGAGAUCCGAGGUCAGGUGACUACGGAUGUUUUGGUGGGAGAGGCGGGUCAUCGUUUACUUUCAGUGGAUCAGAUGUCCGUCCUGGUGAUUGGUAUUGUUCGGCCGGCAACUGCGGGGCCCACAACUUCGCCAGCCGCUCGAGCUGCUUCAAGUGCGGUGCUUUCAAAGAUGAGUCGGCCAGCAGCUUUGACGGAGAUGCACCACGUUCGAGGGUUGGUUUUGGGUUCGGUGGGAGUGGAGGUGGUGGCACUGGUGGUGGCGCUGGCGGUGGCUCUGGCCGUUCUGGUUGGAAAUCCGGUGACUGGAUUUGCACCAGGUCUGGAUGCAAUGAGCAUAACUUCGCGAGCAGGACGGAAUGCUUCAGAUGCAAUGCACCUCGGGACUACAGUAACUGAUCUCCACGUUUGAAAUGGGCUUUCAUUUCUAGGCACUGCAUUCCAAGGGGAAAGCCAAAGAGACCAUAUAUAAUAUCAAUAUCCCAUGCUAUUUACCUUUUUGUCCUCCCACCUUAUCUUCUACUUCUUCUUCUUCUUCUUCUUCUUUUCUUUUUCUUUUUGGGUGUUAGGGUUCCUUAUGGGGACCAUGGUUGAAGACCUGUCUUCCACAUAGGGCUCUUUUCCUCAGCAUUUUGUUAGCUUUUUAUAGUGGUUUCAUCUAUCAUCUUCAUAUGUAGUUGUGGUGGUGCAUAUGUUUCUAAUCUACUCUCUCAGGUGUCUUUGUAUGGUUUGGAGAAGGGCUUCUGGCCUGACGUCAAAGACCCUUCUCUUUUUCUAUUAAUAGAGAUAUCCUUUUGUUUUAA